UUCUACAAACUUUUGAGAUUCAUUAUAUUUUUGGAUUACUAUCCACAAUAAUUACAAAGGGCCCCUAUAACAAUCUUGUUACACUUUUAAAUAAGGUUGCCCCAUCUUCAUUUACGUACAAAUUAUUUCUCUCUUUUCUAUUUCAAUUUUUGAGUACUAUUACCCCACUUGACAGAACUGGAAAAUUGCCCAAGAUAUUUUCUUUAUCCUUGUUCCUCAUGUUUCUCCCAUAACCAUCAGUUUUUUUUAGCUUCCCAGUUUCCAGGUACUUGAUUUCAGGAGUUGCUAGCUGUCAAAGAGAGCUUAAAAUAGAGGACAGCAAAACAAUCAGAGUUUCCCUGAGAAUAGUGUGAUAUACAGGAAAGUUUUACUCUAAUCAACUUUUAGGUCAAUCAUUGAAAUUCCUCCUCUUAUAACAUCUUACUAAAUAUGGUCGGAAUUGGAUUUCCAUAACUACAAGUGCAGCAUCAUUUGUUAUCAAUAAGCUUUUGCUCAAGAUUGCUAUUUAUAUUAGAGAUAACCUUCUAAUAUAAUUACCAACGUGACUUAUCAAAAAUAAUAUAAUAUAUAAUUGCCAAUUGUGAUCUAGAAUUAAGAGGAGUUGGAUACCAGUUACAGGGUCAAUUAAGCUGCUAUUAUCAUAACUAACAUCUCGGUAUUUAUAUUUGAUGUAACCUUCAAUUAUAAUUGCGAAUGUAGAUUUUGAAACAAGAAGUGUCUGAUUGGUUCAUGCAAGAUGAGUCUGAUUUGGUCACAAGUGUAUUACAUCCUUAUAGAGGAGUUGGAUACCCAUUAGAGGGUCAAUUAAGCUCCUAGGACCUUUACCAUAAGCUCAUACUAGUGAGAAUAUGAAAUUUCUCGUCCAAUCUGAAGGGUAAAAUUAUCGCUUUUACUAAUGUAGUGCUUUUUGAAUUUGGGUAGAAGUUAACAAUGCAGAACCACAGUCUCUUGCCUUUUGUCGCCUAGAAUAGACACUAGGAUGGUUUUAUGAUUUUGAAAGUGAAAAGGCAUACAAAAUCUCUCUCUCUCUCUCCUCUUUUCUUUGAUGAUGUAAUAUUUUUAGCAGCACUAGUUCAAAGUCAUGGUAAGAUGUGGAUUCUUGAGGUUCAUAGGUUUCUUAGGACUAUGAUAUUCAAGGACUUCGUUUGGGCACUGUAAAUAAGUUACAAUGUAAAUAAGCGAACAAUGUCAUAAAAUGCUCUUAGAACAUGGAGUUCAUGGCAUGAAGGAGAACUUUUAGGAAAGAAAGUGCAAAUAUGGAUCUUUCCUGUUACUUAUGGUGUAUCACUCAGUUGGCAAAAUCAUAGUUGUCAAUUUUGUGAAUCUUGUAUAUAUCAUAAGUUAUCCUAAGAUACAUGUCAUUAUUAAAAAAGAAAUUGAGAUGACCUUUUUGUGGAUAACCAACCAUGCCUUAUUGAUAGCUCACUUAAACACCUUUUUGACAAAGAUUAAUGUGGCAAGGUCAAAGAUAUAAUAGUACAAUAGUAGGAAUUAUGACAAAUGGACCCAAAAAUCUUUGAACUAAGUUUAUUGCCUUUCUUUCAAUAUCAAUAUCAGCAUUGUCGCAUCAUGAGGCAACAUUUUUUUUGAUUAAGCACCGGGUGUCCGGGUCUCUUUGAGCCCCGACUAAUCCCGGGGGUGCACAGGCCCUCGGCACAUCAUGAGGCAACAUGAAUAUUGUGUUACUCAAGAAAAUUCAGGAUCACAAACAUCUCAUAUAAAUUAUAGGAUACUGCCAGAAAUUUAAGAUACGGAUGAGAUCCACACAUGAAUAGUUACGGUUGAGUGCUUGUAUCGGACUUCAGUAUGGUGCUUCAUAGGAUUCCAACAGCUAUAAUUUUGCAUUUUUAUGAAUUGAAACUAAUCCGUAGUUUUAAAAACACAUAAUAGGGUUCCCUCUAAUUCUAUUGUUAAGUAUCAAGAAAUAUCCUUUUCACAAAAAUGAUCAUUGUUUCGCGCAAGAAGAAAGAGGAAAGAAAUCUAUUUUUUUCCUUCAGAGCUUAUUUUGUCCUAUCUAGGAUUACUCGAGAGUCUAACCGGACCUGAAGUAAAACUUGUGAAAUUACAUUUAUAUUAGAUUCUAAAGUACUAUUGGCUUCCCAGAUCUACAAUUGUUUACGCAAUCAUAUUCUAAAAGUUGUUCUAUCUUGAGCUUCUGGUAAGCUAGUAAGCUACAUCACCUAUUUCUAAUUGGUAAGUGAAAAGCUUCAUGAAUCAUUUUUAAUACAUAUUAAGCUUCAAGUUUGUCUACUUCUUUUGAUGCACAAAUAGACUGGAAGUGGGAAGUCAAAAGACAAUUGAAAUAAUAUUUUCCUCUGAUAUAUGUUCUAGGAUGUAUAUACCCUUUCUUUUUCUUGAUAACCUGUGGUCGUAGCUUCUUUCUCCCUCUAUUUUGAAAAUAACCCCUGAAUAGCCAAGGGAACCAUGGCAAACCAUAAUGCCUUGUAUAUAGUGGACAAUUUGGAAAGAGAGAAAAAACUUAAGAUGUUUUGAGAAUACGAAAGAGCAGAUUAGCAAAAUUAAUUUUUAGUGGGAAAAGUUGGAGGCGUCUCUGCCUUUACAAGUAUGAGCCGGGAUGGACUACUUGGCGUUAAUUAAGAUCGCCUGCCUUUUUCUAUCUGAAUCUUUGCUAUCUGGUUUCCUUUCAGAUGACCUGAGAAAUUAUGGCUACAUCAGUUGCAGCUGUUGAAAGCACGGGAUCCUUAAGUAGUGAUCUAUUCUAUGACAUACUUAGGCGUCUUGAUGGUGCAACUUUGGCUAGUGCCGCCUGUGCCUGCGAGGCGUUCUGCUCGAUAUCUAAGGAAGAGAAGCUAUGGGAAAAUGUUUGCUCUUCUAUGUGGCCUUCAACCAACAGGGAUGACGUCAAAAGUUUAAUAUCUUCUAUUGGUGGAUUUAAAAAAUUCUAUGCUGAUUGCUUCCCCCUUAUUGUGAACAAAGAAGUGCCUGAAUUUCGAUGGAACGAAUAUCUCGAGUAUCCUGAAGAAUUGACCGAAGCAGAAUACUACGGUGACAUGGAUGAAUGUGAAAUUGUUGCUCCAUCAGAUUUUGUCUCUAUUGUCGAUAUAAGAUACAAUGAUAAAACAAUAUGCUCAAAAAUCCUUUGGGGAAUCCCUAAUGCAAACGGGUUCCCACGUUGGUUUUACAGCUGUCCAUUUCGAAUCGAUCUUUUCACGUACCCUACUAGAGAUGAUGAACAUGCAGGUGAAGAGGUUACUCUAUCAGUUUCUGAUGGGUUGCCUCCAAUUACAUCGAUGGAGAAAGAAAGGAAAGAUGGUAAGCUCUGGCAAGAGCUCAGGGACGGAAUACGCCUCAGUUGGAUCGUUGUGAAUACCAAAAUAAAACAAGCUGCUAAUCUCUCGAGCUGGAGUCCCCUUGAAGGCAAAAGACAUUGGCCAACAGAUAAGGACUUUUUGCUUCGUUUCGGUUCAGUUCUUCCUGCAAAGGACAUUCUUCCUUGUCAAGCUGUGGAGUGUAUCGUCCUGAUGAAGUUCAGAGUGAUUUAUACAGAAGAGGGAGGUGUACCCACAACUCUAAAACUGACAGAACUAAGUAUGCAAUUGGGGGACAUGGAAGGUGCUCAUCUAAAUGGUAGAAACAGUUUGCUUGUUCUCAAGGAAGCGUUGAGCUGUAAAAGGAGCAAGAAUUACAACGAGGCGCUCGAAUCAUGUCAACUGUAUUCAAAGGUGCAAAGUGAGCUAAGGGAGGAGAAAAUGAGAAAUGAGAGCAGGUUAGAUAGACUUUAUAUAUUAGGAGGCAUUGUGACCUGCAUCACGGUUUGUUUCUAUUUGUGGUGACUCGAGUUUUUAUGUUUUCCUUUUCUCAAUGUCGUUUAUGUGUGUAUUUUUGGUCAUCUAGACAGUUCUUUCCACCCUGAUGUUGAUGUAAAUGCAAUUUUGACCAGCAAAUGACCUGCUGAUUUUUCCAACCUCCGUUGCUUCAUAAAUAUUUUUUAUUUUCUCAA